AUGCUAGCUUGGACCGCUCUCGUGGCGCUUGUGCCUUACGUCCUCGCAGCGCCUGCUUCGAGCGAUUGCACGGGCACAAUCUCUUCGCUCGAUGACGUCGCCGAUGCGGUUCAAUGUACGACUGUCAACAUCAACUCCUUUACGGUCCCUGCGGGCGAGACAUUCAGCUUGUCGCUCCUACAAGGAACUACCGUCAACAUGCAGGGCAAUGUCGCAUUUGGGAAUGAGACGUGGUCGGGACCGCUUUUCGAAGUCACAGGUGAUGAUAUUACAUUUAAUGGGAACGACUACAUCUUUGAUGGUGGAGGACCAUUCUACUGGGAUGGUCUGGGUACGAACGGUGGUGUCACCAAGCCUCACCCUAUGAUGAAGGUUGAGAUCUCGGGAACCAUGACAGACGUGCAUGUCGUCAACUCACCUGCUCAAUGCUUCUCUGUGUCCAACCCUGCUGCCUUGACGAUGUCUGGCACUAUUGUCGAUAACUCCCAAGGCAACCUGCCUAACAGUAAGAGUAACGGUACUGCUGCCGGCCACAAUACCGAUGGAUUUGAUGUCUCUGCGAAUGACUUGACCAUCACGAACAGCACCGUCAUCAACCAGGAUGAUUGCCUGGCCAUCAAUAGAGGGACGAACCUUGUAUUCUCGAAUAACUACUGUGCCACUGGCCACGGUAUCUCCAUCGGUUCGAUCACUUCUAACGUCAUUGUAUCUGGAGUCGUCAUUUCCGGAAACACAUGCUACAACACGCAACAAGGUUUCCGUAUCAAGACCGAUGCCGCUGCUACCAACAGCACUGUAUCCAAUGUGACUUACUCGAACAACAAGGCAACUGGUGUUUAUGACUAUGGCGUUCUCAUGACUCAGAGCUACCCCGCGUCGUUCGGAACCCCUGGAAAUGGCGUCAACAUAACCGACAUAAGCUUUACUGGAGGUGCUACUACGAUUGAAACCAACAGCAGUGCCACCAUGGUGGCAGUCGAUUGUGGCGAGGGCUCGUGUGACGGCACUUGGGAUUGGUCGGGCCUCACUGUUAGCGGCGGAAAGACGGGCGCUAUUGACAAUUGUACCGUCAUCACUGGAUUCACUCAGUAG